GGGAGUUUAGAGAAAAGGGUGCUUGUUUUAUAACGCGUUCACUGCAGUUUUAACAUAUAUAAAUAUUGUUUUCACUAAGCAAAAUAUUAACAAUAUAGCUAUUAAGGAAUAAGAUAAUUAGAAUAGCGUUACUUACUCACAAGAUAGGAAGAAAACAUUCCUUUUACAUUUUUUUAAGUGGUCAAGCCUUAUUUUUUUCGCAUGAAAAAGCGACCAACGUUGUUUCAAAGCGACUGUCAACAGGAAAAUACACGUGUGGAAAUGCAGAGAGAAAUGUAGCUAAUAUCUUUGGUAAAAGCAAAGCAAAAGCUGAUGUUUAAAUUAUAUCGACUCUUAAUAGUUGACAUAGAGAACUGUUUGCAUUGUGAUAUUGUAGACUCCUGUCUUAAUUUCCAGCUAGCCAUCCGUGGUGGAUAGGCUGCUACAGCUACAUUAAGUUUGCCAAGCUUUUUUUUCUUCCGUUUCAACAUUUGAACAAUGGCUCUGUUCCUUAUUAAUAGGUAUGUUCACUCUUUGUGUUUGUUGUGUGAUGGCUAGCAACCUUCUGGAUUAAUGUAGUAAUAAGUGUGUUUAUAAAGUGUACAGUAACGUUAAAUAAAGUAAGGACCUGAAACGAAGUACAAUAACGAUUAUGCUUUUCAUAGAUACCUUGGAGAUGAGGAAGGUGGUGGCUCUAGCAACGAGUCUCGAUCCAAAGCAUUGUUGGCUAAGCUUCAGAGGAAGGCCAAAGUCAAGGAGCAACAGAGCUUGGCAUGUCAAGGGGAACACCAGUCAAAAACAACAGUUGAGAGUGACAGGGACACCUCUGUGAAGAAGAAAAUAAAAAACAAGGGAGACAACCUCGAGGAGACAAAACACCCAAAGAAGAGGAAAGAGCAUGUGUCUCCACCUGACCCUGAAGAACUUUCCAAAGGUGAUAAUGCACAAAAGAAGAAAAAUGAUACAAAAAAGAUACAACUAACAGAAGACAAAGGUGUGUAUCUAUCAUUUUGACACACAUUUACAUUUGAAAUGGUAUAACAUUCAUAAGAAAACGUUUUUAUAUUUGUAUUCCUUAUUUUGCCUUUGCUUCUCUCCUUGGUCUUAGAUGGGUUCGAGCAGACAUCUGUCCACAAAAAGAAAAUAAACCUGCAAGAUUCCGCUGCUACUGACAAAACAGAGCUGCCAGAAAAUGAUGAUGAAAUGGUGGACACAGAAAAAAGUUCCUCUCAGACUGGUUUCACCAUACUGGGAGGAUUUGAGAAAAAUAUUAUUCAAAAGGUACCGUCUUUUGGUUAAGUGCACUAGCACAUUGAUAUAACUUGUAGUGGGACAUUUUACUAGAGAUGUGCAUCUCUCCUUACAAGCACGAUUCGAUACACAUCGAGAUACAUGGGCUGCGAUACUAUACUUUUAGUUUGAAACGAUUUGGUGCGAUUCGAUUUGUGGAACGAAUCGAUGCGAUUCCAUGCACUAAUAAUUGUUGCAUCAACACAUUACUUUUCCAUUCUAAAUUCAUAUAUGAUACUGAUGGAGCUCAGGAGCUGAGCUGGAUCUGUGUGAGCUGACUUAUUUGAGCUGUGUGUGUGUUCGUGUGAGUUGAGCCAUAGGGCAGACUGAGCAUCUACCACUAUCAGAUAGGGCUGGGAGCAGGGGCGGUGUGUUCAUUAGGGCGAUAUGGGCGACGCACUGCCAAACGGGAAAAGGAAGGGAUUUUUUUCCUAAUCAAUUAUAUCACGGCAACAGUAGUUAUCAGUGUUCUAAUCUAGACGUCUGAUCUGCCACUAAAUGUCCAAUCAGGCUAAAGUCGUGCUUCAAAUGGCCCCGCCCCUUUUGGGGCGAUUUCAGUCAGGUUGAAAAUCGCCCCAGAAGUCUCUCAUAGACUCUCAUGUAAAAUCUUUUUUUUUCAAAUAUCAGAGCUUUCACAAUACAAUCUCUAUGGGUUCCGGGAGGGCUUGCACUUACGCGCUUUCGUCAUACGUAACAUAACCAUGAACGUAACUAAGAAAAGAGCGGGUAGCAGCGUCAAUCAAUUCACGUACUACUGUCAAGAUGGCUAGCGUUCAGUGCAACUCGAUUGUCUCUUUGAAAGAAGUUCCUUUUUGUCGGCGAACAAAUCAAGAUAAAUUGGCAACGAAACAAUUAGGACCUCCCAGACCAAAUUUAAUAAUUCAACAGGUUUCUACUAAAGGGGGAAAGUCCUACACACGAGGAUUUUCCAAAAAUUGGUACGAACGAAAAACCUGGCUAGCAGGCAGCGAUGUAGCUAAUGCAGUCUUCUGCUACCCCUGCUUACUCUUUCACCCUGAAGGCGGCACGGCAGACAGCACCGCUUGGACAGCGACUGGUGUAACGGACAUGCACCAUCUUUCAGAAAAGAUUAAGAAACAUGAGCUGUCAAAGACCCACACGGAUAGCUGUUUGAGAUUGUCUGCUUUGGGGAGAGUGAACAUUGCCACUCAACUGGAUGAGGGAUACAGGCUAGCUGUCCGCCGCCACAACGAUGAGGUUAGCAAGAACCGCCACAUCCUCAGCCGGCUAAUCCAGUGUGUGAAGUUUUGCGGAGUGUUUGAGUUAGCUUUGCGAGGCAAAGAUGAAACUGAGGGCUCCACCAACCCUGGUAUUUUUCUUGGACUUGUCAACUUUGUGGCACAAUUAGAUGAGGUGUUUUAUGGAAAUGCAUAUUGUUUAUGCAGUGUUGAGGAAUGUGAAAGAACACCCUUGAUUCUUUUUACUGUGAUAACUUAUUUUGCUUUUGUAAGCCAACACUUUUGAGAUCAGUCAAUAAAUGCUUCUGGUAUUGACUUAUAUGCUGCCCCUGUCUUCAUGUUGUUGCUGGACAUAUCUUUUUUUAAAUGUGUGUAGGUCACCUAAAUCAUCAGAAAAAUUGCCCCCCCUGAGAAUUUUUUCAGGAGCCGCCACUGGCUGGGAGGUAUACCGUAAUUUACUAUAUACGUAUAUUGAUGCAUGGACCGGUUUGAGUUUUUACUUUACCUUCUAUAAUGGUAUUUCAAUGUUUGGUUUGUUAAAUGUGAUGCGUAACUUCGGCGCGUGUAAUGUCCGUUUUGAUAGUUUACUCCGUCUUCUACUUGAGUCAUAUCUCUCCCUCCUCCUGCUGCUGCAUGCCGCUAACCACACCAAGCCCUGCCACCUGUCACUCAAGGAGGCAGCAGUUGCUGGACCACGCCUUCACAAGCACUUUCUUGCCGUUCACUCUGCAUGGUCAGAUGGAUGCAACAAUGUUGGUGACAUGCUGUUUUCCACAAGCGUUUUAUAAUUACACUAUUAGUUUGUGUAUCUUACUGUCUGCAAACUACUGUUUGCUAGUUUCUCUUUUCUUAGCAAGGUGUUGCUACAAUAACUAGUUUUAGCCGCUAAUGCUAAUCACUAGUUAGCUGGCUGGCUAGCUUGCUAAACGUACUAAGAGUCAGAGCAAACGUAGCUAAUUAGCUAAUGCUGCCUGGUACCAGUGCUGGUGUAGGCCUACAUAAGCAUGUUUGUGCAACAGCAUCUUAUCAGAGAGCAAUAGGCGAAGCAUUAAUAUGUUGGCUAGCUACAUGAAGUAAGAAAACAUGUAAUGUAACAUCUAAUUAGGGUCACCUGGAAACACUGAACACUUUGGUUCCUACCCUGUCAAUAAUUCCUCCCUGGUUUAUUCAUUCGUUGUCAUGUCCAACAACAAUGCAUUCAAGGUGCUUCCCACUAUAUUCCAACUAUAGAAUUAGAAUAAUCAUUAUAUUUCCAUGAUUCCAACAGUUCACCAAAUAACUAGGCCUAUAUAUUCUUUCCCAUAUCAUGCUGUGUGGCACAGUGUGGAAAUGAUGAUCUCCCGAGUGGCGCUGUGCCACUAGAGAUCCUGGUUAGAAUCCAGGCUCUGUCAUAGCCGGCCGCGACCGGGAGACCCAUGGGGCGGCGCGCAAUUGGCCCAUGGUAGGGGAGGGAAUGGCCGGCAGGGAUGUAGCUCAGUUGAUAGAGCAUGGCGUUUGCAAGUGCAGAAAAUUGAUGAAAAUUAGUUUUGUUUGCCGUUGGAUUGAACCAUAUAAAUGGAAAAAGCCCCAUUUGAAAUCACUUAUAAUUUAUGUGUUGCCAUCUUAGGGUCAUGAACUACUCAAAAAGUAUAUUUAUAACAGUUAUUAUUCAAAAACAUAAAAUACCGCCAUACCGUCAAAAAUGUGAAAAAUAUCAUAUUAUAUUUUGUCCAUAUCGCCCAGCCCUACUAUUCGAUUUUAUCUGAAAUCCUCAUCACCCACUGAUUAACUUGUCAUAUAGCAGAUUAAAAUGUUUUGAGCUAGUAAUAUGUCAAUAUUUAUCUUUAGAAAUUAGCUAUGGCAUAAAUAGCCAAUUAACGAAACACAGCUUUAGAUUUCACCACGUCUCAAAAGCAAAUGGUUUUGACCGUUUGGGUCUUUAUGGAGGAGAGCUGCUCUCUUCUCCAGAUCAGACCAGUGCGGCUCGCAAAAAUGAUUGCUGUCCUUGUUAUGAAAUUACACAUUUACCCUGUUUAUGUAAAAAUGACCAAAUGCACUGAAUGUUUAAACCAGAACUAUCAAAAAUAUUUUGUACGGUGAACCUGUAAAUCGAAAAGCACCAAUCAAUAGUUAGAUGUGCAAUCAGCAAGAUGUGAGUUGUGUCCACUCCGGUAGCCUACACAGCUCCGCCGGUAAAACACCAUUCUCUACAGCACAUUUGGUAACAAUGACCCAGCAAAUUAUUUGGUUGUAAUGAAUAAAGCCUAUGAUUUAAUAUUGCAAAAGCCAUUUUACAAACAUCUGAAUGCUGAAGUUGCCGCACAGAUGUAGGCUAUGAAUAUUAGAACAGGGAUAAGGUAGGCCGGUCUCCCACACUGCGCACACAGUUGUUAUCUGACUUGUAGAUCAAUGUCAUAUGCGGUUACAUGCAUAAAAGUUUGAUAGGUUGAAGGAGAGGACGCAUCAAUAAAGUCACAACAGAUUGUAGGUAUUUUUGGAAUACAGCAGAAAACGGCAAUGCGUAACGUUUGAAUUGGUUUUCUUACCGAUUCAUGCCUAAUUUGGAUAGGUUUGGACUCCUGCAGACUGAUGCACUUGCGUAUCGGUGAAUCUUUACAUCCCUAGUCUUUACAGUAUGUUCAUGACAUACCAUUUUAUGUAUUUCAUAUGUUAGGUACAAAGAGUCCUGCCCCAGUGGCUUGCUGAGCCAGAUGUGAUCCAGAGAGAUAUUACAAGCAACCUAGUCCCCAUCAGUGAUGUCCCAGGAAUAUGUACUAAACUUAAACGGAAACUGGAGGGCAAUGGAAUUCAUCACCUCUUUCCAGGUUAGUAGGCAUGAAGGAGUAGAAGUUUUAAAACAUUUGCUGUCAUAAUAUGGGGGGGAAAGUACUCAACUUCUAUUGUGUCCCCUGUGCAGUACAAGCGGAGGUCAUCCCAGCCAUUUUAGAGAGUGUGUCUCAUGGUCUAUUGAUUGGAAGAGGGGGCUACAAACCAAGAGACAUUUGUGUGUCUGCACCAACGGGGAGUGGCAAGACUCUGGCAUUCAUCAUACCUGUUAUUCAGGUAUGAAUUAAACCAUUAACCAUAAACAUUUUCAUGGAAGGUGUGUUUUUUUUCAUUAGAUAGAAGGUAAUCAGUUUGAUUUUCUCAUGUCAUUUUAGGCACUGAUGGAGCGAGUUGUAUGUGACAUCCGGGUUUUGACAGUGUUGCCCACCAAAGAGCUUGCACAGCAGGUAACUAGGGUCAAACCUUCAAUCUCCAUGAUGGAGAUAACUUGUGAUUAUUUGUGUUAGCUCACAUCCACUGAAAAACUUUUUAAUGUUUUCUCCCAAACAGGUUUGCAAAGUAUUCAGUUCAUAUGCGGAGGGCACCAGCUUGAAAGUGGUCAUGCUCGCUGGUCAAAAGUCCUUUGCCACAGAGCAGGCAUCUCUCUCAGAAAACCGGUAAAGACACAUAAAGGUCUUUCAUCCUUGGUGGAUAAUAAAUUAUUCUAUUUGUUUAAGCUUAGAGUUUCCUUUCACUCAAAAUAGUACUUUGUGCAUAAAUAACACCAUGAUUUUAAAGAGAAGAUCAAUCUGAAAGAGAUACAUUUUGCUCUUUUUACAGAGGUGGAAUAAGCCACAGUUUGGCAGACAUUGUUGUCGCAACCCCUGGGAGACUGGUUGAUCACAUCAAUAAGAAUGAUGGUUUCAGUUUGGAACACCUCCGCUUCCUUGUGAGUCACUAAUACAAGUACAGUGUCCAUUUUAUUUGCAUGGGUGUUAUGACUAACAGUAUUUAAAUCAAGUAUUCAUAUUUCAUGGUCUCAAAAUAAAUCCUUCUCUCAGAUCAUUGAUGAGGCAGACCGGAUGAUUGACAGCAUGCACCAGUCUUGGCUCAGUCAGGUGACCAAGGCAGUUUACAGAUCCAGGAGUGGUUCUGAAGCAGUCUCGAUCUUCAAGAGGACAGAGCCUGCACCUAUCACUGCGGCGAGGUAAGACCUCACUUCUCAGGAUUGUUUCAGACAAUACAGGAAAUUCAGGACAGGCAACUAUGUGGUUUGUUUGUUAGAGAGAAUACAAACUGUACUACACCAAUGGAUUGUGUGCUUUCACACAUUACUCUAGGAUAUACAGUGCCUUGCAAAAGUAUUCAUCCCCCUUGGCGUUUUUCCUAUUUUGUUGCAUUACAACCUAUAAUUUAAAUGUUUUUUAUUUGGAUUUCAUGUAAUGGACAUACACAAAAUAGUCCAAAUUGGUGAAGUGAAAUGAAAAAAAUAACUUGUUUCAAAAAAUUCUAAAAAAUAAAUAACGGAAAUGUGGUGCGUGCAUAUGUAUUCACCCUCUUUGCUAUGAAGCCCCUAAAUAAGAUCUGGUCCAACCAAUUACCUUCAGAAGUCACAUAAUUAGUUAAAUAAAGUCCACCUGUGUGCAAUCUAAGUGUCACAUGAUCUGUCACAUGAUCUCAGUAUAUAUACACCUGUUCUGAAAGGCAGGUUGGAGUCUGCAACACGACUAAGCAAGGGGCAACACGACUAAGCAAGGGGCAACACGACUAAGCAAGGGGCAACACGACUAAGCAAGGGGCAACACGACUAAGCAAGGGGCAGCACCACUAAGCAAGGGGCAGCACCACUUUAGGCAAGGGGCAGCACCACUAAGCAAGGGGCAGCACCACUAAGCAAGGGGCAGCACCACUAAGCAAGGGGCAGCACCACUAAGCAAGGGGCAGCACCACUAAGCAAGGGGCAGCACCACUAAGCAAGGGGCAACACCACUAAGCAAGGGGCAGCAUGAAGACCAAGGAUCUCUCCAAACAGGUCAGGGACAAAGUUGUGGAGAAGUACAGAUCAGGGUUGGGUUAUGAAAAAAUAUCCGAAACUUUGAACAUCCCACGGAGCACCAUUAAAUCCAUUAUUUAAAAAUGGAAAGAAUAUGGCACCACAACAAACCUCCCAAGAGAGGGCCGCCCACCAAAACUCACGGACCAGGCAAGGAGGGCAUUAAUCAGAGAGGCAACAAAGAGACCAAAGAUAACCCUGAAGGAGCUGCAAAGCUCCACAGCGGAGAUUGGAGUCCAUAGGACCACUUUAAGCCGUACACUCCACAGAGCUGGGCUUUAAGUAAGAGUGGCCAGAAAAAAAAGCCAUUGCUUAAAGAAAAAAAUAAGUAAACACGUUUGGUGUUCGCCAAAAGGCAUGUGGGAGACUCCCCAAACAUAUGGAAGAAGGUACUCUGGUCAGAUGAGACUAAAAUUGAGCUUUUUGGCCAUCAAGGAAAACGCUAAGUCUGGCGCAAACCCAACACCUUUCAUCACCCCGAGAACACCAUCUCCACAGUGAAGCAUGGUGGUGGCAGCAUCAUGCUGUGGGAUGUUUUUCAUCGGCAUGGACUGGGAAACUGGUCAGAAUUGAAGAAUGAUGGAUGGCGCUAAAUACAGGGAAAUUGUUGACGGAAAUCUGUUUCAGUCUUCCAGAGAUUUGAGACUGGGACGGAGGUUCACCUUCCAGCAGGACAAUGACCCUAAGCAUACUGCUAAAGCAACACUUGAGUGGUUUAAGGAGAAACAUUUAAAUGUCUUGGAAUGGCCUAGUCAAAGCCAAAGGGGGGGGGGGGGGGGGGGUGAAUAGUUAUGCACGCUCAAGUUUGCAUCUUCAAAGUGGUAAAUCAAAUUAUGCCAACACCCCAAAAAAUCAAUUUUAAUUCCAGGUUGUAAGGCAACAAAAUAGGAAAAAUGCCAAGGGGGGUGAAUACUUUCGCAAGCCACUGUAUGCUGUGAUUUAAACAUUUCUGUUUUUACUUUGUGGCAGCUUGUCACCGCCUCCGAUGCCUCUGCAGAAGCUCCUGUUCUCAGCCACACUGACUCAGAAUCCAGAGAAGUUGCAGCAACUAGGCUUGCAUCAGCCCAGACUCUUCAGCUCGGUCCAUAGUCAGUCAACGACCCACCCUGAGUCUCAAGAGAGGUUCAACUUCCCCCAGGGCCUGACAGUACGUUACAAAAACAUAAUUGCAAGUGAUUUUUAUUUAUCCUAUAUCCCAGAGCAAUGUGUCACUGUGGUCUCUUUUCUAGGAGUACUAUGUGCCCUGCACUCUGAGUAAGAAACCCCUCCUCAUCCUCCAUUUCAUACUGCGCCUGAAGUUUAGUCCCAUUCUGUGCUUCACCAAUUCUAGAGAAGCCGCUCACAGGUUGGUGAAUUUUCCCUGGCUUUCUCCUUAAUGCAUUAUUGGAUGAAGAUUACAUGUCCACAGCCAUUUGAUUUGGUCUCUGUUCUCUCUGACAGACUGUAUCUGCUAGUGCAGCUUUUUGGUGGAGUGCAGGCAGCUGAGUUCUCCUCACGACUCUCUCCCAAUGAGAGGAAGAGAACCCUCAAGGAGUUUGAACAGGGAAAGAUCCAACUGUGAGUAUGAGUGUCUGUUGGAGGAUAAUUUAACGUUCUCUUUUCUUUGCCAAAUAUAUUAUAUAUUUUUUCUGUUGAAGUUUGAUCAGCACUGAUGCUGCUGCCAGAGGCAUUGACAUCAACGGGGUGAAAUGUGUUGUGAAUUACGAUGCACCACAGUUCAUCAGGACGUACAUUCAUAGGUAAGCUAGCUUGAUCGUUACACCUGUAACUGCAUUGGUUAAAUUGUAUUUGUUGUAGCUUUUGUAUGCAAUUAAUGUUAUUAGGAUAUAUUCUGCCUUCCUGUGACAGUAUUUGUGUUGGCACAGGGUUGGAAGGACUGCAAGAGCUGGAAAAGUUGGACUGGCCUUCACAUUUCUUUUGGGAGUACAGGUGAGACGGAUGUAUUUUCAAACAUAGGACACAAAGAGCAAUGGAGAUUAUGUGGAUGUGUGGCCAAGGAUUAAAUGAUAUCACUGCAGAAAGCAAUAUUCUGUAAAAACAGCAUUGCGCCUGCAUUAAAAAACCUUAACAUUUCAAUUGAAAUAAAUGUGAAUUUUGUUUUGUUGUGGUUAAACUGCCAUACAAGUUUUGCCAACAAGGUGAAAAAUCUGACUGUGCCCUUGGGCAAGGCACUUAACACCCCUGGAGCAAACUAAAUUUGCUCCAGGGGUGUCGUACUACUAUGGCUGACCCUGUAAAACAACACAUUUCACUGCACCUAUCUGGUGUAUGUGACAAUAAAACAUAUUUGUUUAUAUAAUACACUGAAAAAUAUAUAUAAACACAACAUGUAAAGGGUUGGUCCCAUGUUUCAUGAGCUGAAAUAAAAGAUCCCAGAAAUGUUCCAUACUCACAAAAAGCUUAUUUCUCUAAAAUGUUGUGCACAAAUUUGUUUACAUCCCUGUCAUGUGAAAUCCAUAGAUUAGGGCCUAAUUUAUUUAUUUCAAUUGACUGAUUUCCUUAUAUGAACUGUAACUCAGUAAAAUCUUUGAAAUUGUUGCAUGUUGUGUUUAAUAUAUUUUUUCAGUGUAGAUGCUUUAGUUAAAGAUCUACAGUCCCUGUAUGCUAAUUCCGGGUGAUGUUGGUGGUUGCUAUUCUACAGGAGAAUAACUUUCUUCAGAUGGUGAAGGAUGCAGGCAGCCCUGGGAUCCAGAAACAGAUAGUCAAGCCUGGGAGCCUGAAAAGCAUGGAACCCCGCUAUCAACAGAUGCUGCUGGAGCUGGGGAAUACCAUAAAGGUACUGUAGUAGACUCGGAUCACUGAAAUAGACUGUAAAACAGAAACGGCGUGAGGACAACUGUUGAUCUUGUCCGUUACUUGUUCUAGUAUUAUCAUCAUCAUUAUGUCACAAGUUGUCAUGACUUUUAACACAAAACCUGUUUUAUUUUUCUCCCCAGGGUGAAAAGGCCAACAAGCACGUGUAACACAGUGACUUGAGUCAAUAUACUGUAAGAUUGUUCCUUCUCUCAUGACAGACAAAACCAGCGGUCAGCGCUCACACAAGAUUUGGUUUCGGGUGCAGAGAUCUUUUGUAUGAAUGUUUUUUUUUUCCUCAAAUAAAUAUGGG